GCCCCUUGGUGGGGGCGGCACUCUAGCUUGGGGGUCGCUUCGGGCUUCGGUGCUCGAUCCUUUCGCCCAGGAUGGACUCCGAACACGAAGCGGCAGCGGUUGCGAUGGCUGCGCGGCCACCGGCGGCACGGCUUCAGACGUUGGCAGUUCUGACCACUUGUGUCCUGUGUUUCCCUACAUUGAGUCAGUUCUGAGUCCCCGAUGCCCCUUCAGACAUGGCAUGUGCUCCUUGUAACCUCUGGCCCUACUACUCACAGGGAGCCUGUGACCUUCCGGGAUGUGGCUGUCGACUUCACCCAGGAGGAGUGGGGGCAGCUGGAGCCUGCCCAGAGGACCCUGUACCGGGAUGUGAUGCUGGAGACCUUUGGGCACCUUCUGUCUGUGGGUCCUGAGCUUCCCAAACCUGAAGUCAUCUCCCAGCUGGAGCAAGGAGCUGAGCUCUGGGUGGUGGGGAAAGGAGUCGCCCAGGGCUGCCAUCCAGGCUGGGAGCUGGCACCCACAGGCCUGGCAUCACCCAAGCAGGGCCCUCCUGAAGAGGAGUUGUCCCCUGUCACAGAAAGGCAAGGGCUCCCAAGGGACACUCCUUGUGCCUCCACAACAGAGGGAGCCUGGGAGCAUGAGGUCCUGGGCCAGCCCAUCAGGAAAGGCCAGGAAUCCUUGAGGGGAUUGGAGUUCUUCCUCGAGGAAGCACCUCUUCAAAAUCAAGGCACCAAAAGUCUCAAAUUUGGGGAAAACUGUGUCCUUAGUUCCAACCCAUAUGCAUUCCCAGAGAUCUCUAGGAGAGAAUACUUCUGUACUUACGACUCUCAAGUUCCCAGCUCAGAGCACAGCUCGGGCUUAGUCAGUCAGCAGACCGGCUCCCCAGAAACUCAGCCCUGUGGAAGCCACGGCUGCCACAGAACCCCUGAGCAGGCAGCUCCUGCAGCAGAGCCUCUGAGGAGCCAGGUGCAGGACAAGCCCUACAAGUGCGCCGACUGUGGGAAGGCGUUCAACCACAACGCCCACCUCACCGUGCACAAGAGGAUCCACACGGGGGAGAGGCCUUACAUGUGCAAGGAGUGUGGGAAGGCCUUCAGCCAGAACUCUUCCCUGGUCCAGCACGAGCGGAUCCACACAGGGGACAAGCCCUACAAGUGUGCUGAGUGCGGGAAGUCCUUCUGCCACAGUACACACCUCACCGUCCACCGGAGAAUUCACACGGGAGAGAAGCCCUAUGAGUGCCAGGACUGUGGGAGGGCCUUCAACCAGAACUCCUCCCUGGGCCGGCACAAGAGGACCCACACAGGAGAGAAGCCGUAUACCUGCAGCGUCUGUGGCAAGUCCUUCUCGCGGACCACCUGCCUGUUCCUGCACCUGCGGACCCACACAGAGGAGCGGCCCUAUGAGUGCAACCACUGCGGGAAGGGCUUCAGGCACAGCUCCUCGCUGGCCCAGCACCAGCGGAAGCACGCCGGGGAGAAGCCCUACGAGUGCCAGCAGAGGCUCAUCUUUGAGCAGACACCAGCUUUAGCGAAACACGUGUGGGCAGACACCCUGGGCUGCAGCCCACCUCUGACUCAAGACGGGAGGACUCACCGGAGCGACAGGCCCUUCAGGUGUAAUCAGUGUGGGAAGUGCUUCAUUCAGAGCUCUCACCUCAUCCGACACCAGAUCACUCACACCAGAGACGAGGAGCCUGGGGGGCGCCCCCGGAGACGCUGUGGCCGGAGCUCACAGCUCCGCAGGCAUCAGCCCACAAAAGCAGGAGAGAGCCCUGGGGACCAGCCCAAGGCUGGGCAGCCAGCAGGCGGGGCCCUGGCCUUGUUUGACAUCCAUGAGAUCAUGCAGGAAAAAAGCCCUGUGCAUGUCAUUGGGGUCGGGGAGCCUUCCAUGGGCACCUCCAUGUUGUUUGAUAUCAGAGAAUCCACAUAGGAGAGAAACUCUUCAGACGGCUCUUGGACCACAGGUACAGAAACAUGUGGAAGGAAACAGAAUAACCUAAAUUUUUCCUGCCUGGGCCUGCCCAUCACACCCUCCUUGCUUUGGUAUGACACACUGCCCUGAUUUGUCACCAAGCCUUAGAGCCAUGCUGAGGGCCCACGAGAUCAUGUGCCUGCUCUUCCCACCUGUGGGGCCUCUGCUGGAGACCAAUGGAGGACCUUUCCUCGGCUGUGAAUGCCAGGAAAAGCUGGGCUUUGUUUUCCUAGGAAGCGGAACAUUCUGGCAUGACCAUUUACUGUCCAGCGUGGGAAAUGUUACCCUCAUGUUGCUUUCCUGCAAGUGUUCUGAGGAAAGCAGGGGUUGCCGCCCCUCAGGCUUGCGAUUCCAGAAAAAAAGAACGUCAUGUGUCACGUGUGGUCCCUCAUGUGGCACAGCACCGGGGUGUAUAAACUGAAGAUGUCAGCCUGCCUGGUGACCUAAAGUGAAGCCAGCUGUGGGCUUCUGCGUGCCCUGGCCACAGUCCUUGCCUCGCCACCAGGACCCGGGUGUGCGCAGCUAUUCCUCCAUGUGGUAUUCCUGCUGCCGUUACUUUCUAGUGAAGUUAAAGCGUCCCAUCAGCGUCAGCAAUUGAAAGGAAGGAUCAUGACCCAUCUCCACUUGUAAAAAUUGGUUUUUAAAAACAAACUGCAGAAGCACUGUUGCAUUGUCUGGGUGCAGAGCUGGACAGAGAGCAGUUUCCCCGGGAGACUCCCGCUGCCCCUGAGCUUCCUGCGACCACUUGUUCCUCAGAUGCUGGGAAGGCCACGAGGUGGGGUUUCUGUUGGGCAGCCUGGCUUUCAGGACUCUCACCACCAGAUGCAGGACCCUGACAUCACCCUGGGUUCCUUCUCUGCACCCAGCUUUCCCUCUGGGGCCGUCCUCCCAUUUCUCUUCCCAGCUCUGACUUCACAGAACUCUGGGCCUUCAUUUCUUGGCCCAGGCCACUUGCUGGUUCAUUAUUAGCAGGUGACUUUCCAUUUACAUAGCUACCAGGUUAGCUCAGUGACAGUUCUGUGAACUGUCAGAUGAGGACAAUUAGUCACAGGGCAGAAGUAACCAGCUGCUGCAACUAGAGUAACCAGGGCAAGUCCGCAGGUAGGAAAUAGUGGAGCCAGAAUUCAGUGUCAGCUCCCAGUCACCAGUGGCCAGAACAAAUUGGGCUUGGUCAGGACUGACUUUUCAGCCAGUCAACGAGCGUGUUGCAGUUCUUGCUUCUUUCCCUCGUGGUCUCAGGACGAGUGCUGAAGCUCCAGCCCUGGCUCCUGUUGUCAAGACUGGGGGAGAAGGGCAGGCCAACACAGCCCUCUGAUGACGCUUCAGAGUAAAGCCUUUCCUGAGAGCCUUUGCAUGUUCCCAAGUCUUGUCACCCAAGACUGAGUCACAGGGCCACCCCUGGUAACGGCACUCUUAGCACUUCUAACUUCUGGUAGACAGGUUGUGGGCAGCGGGUGCAGGUAGGCAGUGCCCCGUCUCCUGUGUUCCCACUCCUGUGGCACCAGCUUUGCAGACCCUCUGAUCUGCUGCUGCACAGAAACUGCUGGGCCACUGCCAGGUCUCAGGGCAUGGCAUCUGCACCCCAGCCACUAGGUCUGCUGACCUUGCAGCUCUCCACCUCUUCAGGGGCUUCUAGUUUUCCCCUCGCCCUCUAAGCAUCAGGGUUCCACAACAGCUGGGAUGGUAGGUGUCAUCUGCACCAUGGCUUGUGUCUCCCGCCCCCAUGUCUAAGUCUGGUGCUUCUGAGUUCUGAACGCCAGGCCCAGACAGCGGCUAUCUGCCAUUGGGCAGCUCCCCAGCAGGUACUGCAAAGCUCAGGAACCCAACCUGCGCAGACACUGUCGUUUCCCUCCAAACCAGCCCUCCCAUCCCUGUGAUGGACACAUGCCAUCCCACUGUUGAAGCCAGAAAACCAGCCUGCUUUGGCUUGCUCCUCAUUGAGCAUUUGUGUUGCUUUACCCUGUAAAUAUCUCAGGUCUGUGGGCUUCAUCCACCCUCAGCCUCUCAGGACAGCCCUUGGAGGAGGUAGCACUACCAGUGAUGCAGCAAGACCUGGCCAGUCUGGUAACAGGCAGAGCAUGGAGUGCUCCUGGGCGGGGGACACCCGGCAGUAAGAUCAUAUUUGUCCACAGCUCUGGUGGCUGGGCCUGGGCCACCCUUUUCCCUCCACCUUGGCCCUCAGAGUCACAUCCUGAAGGGAGGAGUGUGGGAUGCUGUGGUUACAAGAUUGGAACACAGGAGCAGAGGAACAGGAGGUGGAAACGCACAUCUUCGUUUCUCCUCAGUCCUUGUCCAGUCAUGGUGUUCCUACCCAUUUCCUUAGGUUUUCAAAUAGGAAAAUUCCUCAGGGGAAAUUACUGAAAACUAGGGGAAAUUUAUCUGUUUGUGAAAUUAACUCAGUUCUUUGUAGCAAGACUUGGAAAAUUCACUGAGUUUUUAACAAGUGAAAAUAUAUUUAAAAUUUAAUUCUUGGGGCUGGGGUUGUGGCUCAGCAGUAGAGCACUUGCCUAGCAUGUGCGAGGUGCUGGGUUUGAUCCUCAGCACCACAUAAAAAUAAAGGUAUUGUGCCCAACUACAACUAAAACUAUUUUAAAAACCUCAAUUCCUCAUACUUUAACCAUGUACAAAUAGUAUUACCAUAUAGAUUUUCUAAUUUUCCUUGCAAUUUUUAUUAAAAUGUUUGUAAACGCCUAAACAUGGUGUCCAUCAAUUCAAAUGUAGUUACCUCAUGUAGAAACUCAGAAUCCCUUCCGGCUCCCUCAUAACUCCUUGUUAUAUGUUGAGCUUUUUCCCCCUCACAGAGAAAUUCAUGUAGCUUGUGAAGUCACCUUUCAGGAGGAUCCUGACAGUGUGUGCUCCGCCCUGUCUGCCAGCUAAGGGUCCCAGGGCAUGGGGCGGCCACUGGGCUCCAAGCACACAAGCCCGUCCCUGCACAGUUCUCAUGGUGCUGUUGGUCUUGCAGGGAGCACGUACAGCAACCUGGAAAGUAAUCAGUGGUGGAAUGGAGACCACAGCUGCCCAGGCAGAGAGUCCUCACUCACUAUUGUGGGCAACAACGAAAACAAACACAUGUGGACCUGGUGUGUUUCCAUUUGUGUAAAGAGAAAACUGCUGCUCACAGUCUCCAAAAGGAUAAACACUUGGGGAGGCAUCCGGGGACAGAGAGGAGGAAUGAUUUUCACUCUGUAACUAUAUUUUUGGAAUUUUAAAACCUGUAAAAGGAUUAUGUUAAAAAAAUAAAUUUAACAAAAAUCUCA